UCAGUCAGUACUGCCAGUGUCGCCGCACGUAACUGUUGUACAAUACAUAACUGGCAGUUUGUGACGACCUCUCAGUAACGAAUUGUGGACGACCACGACGCCGACGCUUUGCCUAUCGUCCGUGCUUAUCGGUCGCUCGAUUACGCGUUCAGCGAUCGCCGAUAACAGUUCUUUGUGUGCUCGAUACUUGACAACGACCUCCACUAUUAGUGACGAUUGAGAUGUGACUGACAGAUCGGCUGAGGCAACGUCAUUCAGCCUGUGGCAGACGUGAACAGGAAGACAAAAGACACUGAAUAUCUGAGAAGUGUAUUGCUUCUUGAACUUCAUGUUUAUGCAUCGAGUCCUAUAAUGGAGACAGUGUAGAGGUCGCAUUUCACUAUGAUGAUUAGUUCCAUUAGUUCCAUAGUGUCAUAUUUCAACAGUUCUACGUCGUGACACAGAUCAGAAAAGAAAUAAACAGCGUAGUGAUUCGCAGUGAAUAAUUUAAUAAAGACUUUUAAAAAAUAUAUCUCAACCAUGGAUGUUAGCAAGACACAGUUAACGCAACACAGUAAACAAAACAGUCUAGUCAUCUUUGGACAACAAGUAUUAACAGUAAGGAUGACGCGACUUCCGAGAUGGCCGGUGAUGUUGGCACUCCUGGCGGUGUUGCCUGGCAUCGCGCUCUGCCAUGGCAUUGACGAUAUCGUGGAGAGCUCGAACACCACGUCGCAUUCCCGAGUGAAGAGAGUGAUCUACUUGACGAGCGAGCGCCGCCUGACCCUUCCGCCGGAGACUGUGCUGGUCCUCACGCCUACCCUCAGUCUGCCCUUCGCCAGGAACUUACCGACGGGCUACGGCGCCUCUAUGACGAUCUCGAUCCCCUUCAAGAUUGGAUUUGAUGACCUGGGUUUGACCUCCGAAGAGAAUCCUUGGGGUAUUUGGCCGAACUUCGGAUUAUUUAGGAAGAAGAGAGACACCUUCACUUCCUACCCUGGCGUCAACUAUGCGGGAGGAGACAGAGAGAUGAUGUACCAGGUCGUAGAAGACACUCUGUUCAACAUGGGCAUGAAUGGAAAAGGAUGCCUCCUGAGGGCCAUCUGCGAAAUGUUCCAGUUUCCCCUCGAUAAUCACGGUUUCUUUGGUGAAGUCCUCGAACUUUUCUUCAGCGCCAGCCGAUCUCCUCACGCCGAGAAGAGGCUGAAUGAGUACACGAGAGCGGAGAGAACCGGCAGGUCCACUGGAGACUGCUUCGAGUAUCAAGAAUUGUGUCCUCAUUCUUUCUUCACCAAUCCUGGGCAGACGAAAUGGCUAGAGGCGGAGAAAUACAUGGAACAGUAUUCAGAAGGAGGAAACACACGAGCGGACGAUAAAGUUACGGAGAAAGUAACGGAAGACAGACCGAAGAAGACGACGAAAAAGAACACCGAUAAGAAGGCGCAAAGGGGCUCAAGAAGGGCAUAUAAUUAAUCCUGUAAUAGAGUAAUGUACAAAAUGACAAUAGUAGGCAUUCAGUGGUUGCGUUGCCCAUUUUUUUAUUAUUAUGCUGUGUGAUUCAUCUAUGAACUUGUCUAUUUUAUCAAGGUCUAUGUUUUUGUUGUUGUUGUUGUGCUUAGUAAAGAUUUGCUGUAUUAGUCGUUAGUAAUGAUAUUUACAAGACGAUUUUCUCCUGUAUUUUGGGCAUCUUAACCAGACCUUACAGAGAUCCUAUGAUUAUGCAUUAUGCCUGUCCCAGUAUUCCUGUGAUUUGAGACUGUCUGUGCAUCAACCCUGUCUCCGACCCAAAAGGCGUUGGAAUCUUUAAAGGUUUAGAAAAUGACUUUGCAUGUAUGUAUACGAACCACACUUUGUGGAUGUUUAAAAAUGCUGUUUGGAAACUUUGUCGGGAUAGGCUGCCAUGCAGUUUCUCUUUUUUUUUUCAUCUUUAUUGUCUUAGGUUAUAUAAAGAAAGGUGAUACACACGUACUAUUUUUAAAUUCAUUUGUUUUCCAAUAUACGGUUCUUUUGAUGUGUAUGCUUGUGUCUACAUAUCUAAUUCAGAAAAUAGAUUAAUUCAGUACGUGUAGUACAUAACAAGAUCUCUCUCUUGUGGUUUCUAUUUUGCUCCUUAACAUAAAUAUAAUGAUUCCAGUAUUAUGCAUACGAGAGCUACUGGUAGUAAUUAUCAGUUACGUACUGCACUUUAAUUCCAUUAGCUCUAUCACCUCAUACUGCAUUGUAAGAAUUAUCACUGAAUACUAUCAUCACCUCUCUUAUAGAUCAUCUCUUAUAUCAGUUGACCUCAAGACAUAAUCGCGAACAGCAUAUUUCGUUUUAGAAAACUGACAAACGCAAUCUUUGAAAGAGUUCAUAUGAGUGUUCUCUGGUGACUCGGUUCAGAACAUUGUUGUGUUAUUGACACUGUUGAAAGGAGUGUAUACUCAAGCACACCCUAUUCCCGAUACAAUCUCUGCUAUUAUUAUUUUGUCAUAAAUUCAAUAUUUGUUGUUAUUUUUCUUUUCUUUUCUUUUGUAAACCCAGUGUGAACUAAGAUAAUGGUAAGCUGUAUUUGAUUCUUCAAAGAAAACACAAGCAAUAAACAACAUACUUCAGUUCUGUUAUUUAUGGUCAAACUGAAAUUUUAAUGCGUCAAAUUAUUUAUAUUUGUUUACAUUCAAUUCAGACAUAAUUUUCUGUGGCAUUAUUAUAAAGCCCUCAUUUCCGCCGACAAAAAGUGUCGUGCUACACUUUCUUAUGACUCCGCCCAUAACUAUGGUGAGGAGUUAUAUAUAAACUACUGCACCUCACUGCCUGUUUUGAAGCUGGAAGAAAAUAGGACGUUCAAAUUUGAUGCUGCACUGUAUAAUGUUUUGUUCAGUUACGACGAUGUUAUUGCACUAAGCUAGACUUGAUGUAUUUGUGUGUGUGUGUGUGUGAGAGAGAGAGAGAGAGAGAGA